AUGGCGGAGCCAGCCCGAAAGCGGCGGAAAGCCGCGCCGCCCGCGGCGACGCCGCCAGCGGAUGACGGCGGGCUUGGAGGCCUAUACGACUUCCUGCCGCCGCCGGACCCGGAGAAGGAUGAAAAGGCCAAGGCCGAGGCGAAGAAGAAGGAGCUGCCGCCCCUGCCGCCAGAGGACAAGUCCAGGGUCGUCUUCCUCGACAUCGACGGCGUGCUGCUCCCCGCCGGCAGCGUCGAGACCAUCACGAUAGACGGCGUCCAGCUCCCGGUCCGGGAGACAAGCUGGCCCAGACGGAGUUCAGCGCGGCCGCGCUCGGGACGAACCUGCGCUCCAUUGUGCAGCAGACCGGAGCGUGCAUCGUCCUCUCCUCCGAGUGGAGGCGCACCGAGUCGAUGA